AUGUUCCUACAGAUUGUGACUUCGGUUCUUGCGACAGGUCUUCUCUAUGCUUUGAUCUCAGUUUUGCAGCAGAACCGAACACUGAGCGCUAGCUUGCCGCCUGGUCCACCGGGUCAUUGGCUGUUUGGGAAUGCUCCGCCAAGGGCCUUCCCGUAUCGGCACUUCGCUGAACUCACCGAGACAUACGGUCCGGUAUUCACCUUGCGCUUCGGACGUAGGAUCGUCUGUGUGAUCGGGAGGUACCAGGCUGCUGUAGACAUCCUCAUGAAACACUCAGCAGAGACCAGUGACCGCCCCCGCAGUGUCGCAGCUAAUGAGAUCAUGAGCAAGGGACACCGUGUCCUGAUGACCCCUGCCGGCGAGCGGUUGAAGAAAUACAGGAGAGCGUUGCAUGCCUUCCUUCAGCCUAGCUCUUCCGCGACAUACAAGCCCAUGCAAUAUAAGAAUGCAAAGAACUACGUUCUGGAUUGUUUGCAUGACGGCAGGCAUCAUUUGUACCAUGGUAGAAAAUACGCUGCCAGUGUGGUCAUGUCCGUCGCUUAUGGCAAGACCACACCCACCUCAUACUCAGAUCCCGAAGUACUCCAAAUCAACAAAUCCCUCGCUCGUCUGGGCGCUGCUCUCAAACCUGGAGCUUACCUCGUCGAUACGUACCCCAUCCUGAAGUACUGUCCGGGAUACGCGUCGCACUUGCGGCGGUACCGAGAGGAAGAGCUGGCACUAAUAACGAAGCAAGCGAAUGCUGUUAGAGAACUGCUGGCAAAGGGAGAAGCUCCGCCGUCAUUUACUGCGUACCUCAUUGAGAACCAGGAGCGCCUGGGGAUAUCGGACGACGAGCUAGCCUACUUGUCUGGGGCUAUAUUUGGUGCGGGAUCAGACACGACUGCGGCUGCGCUUGGUAUAAUGACAAUGGCGGCCGCAUGCUACCCAGAGGCUCAGGCCCGGGUGCAGGCCCAGCUGGAUGAGGUGGUUGGCCGUGACAGAGCUCCGACCUUCGAGGACGAAGACCUGCUUCCCGAAGUCACCGCGUUCGUUCUCGAGGCUUACCGAUGGCGGCCUGUUAGUGCCGGAGGAUUUUCGCAUAGAGCUACCAAGGACGUUGUCUGGAACGGCUAUGUGAUUCCUGCGGGUGCUGAGAUCAUAGGAAACCAUUGGGCAAUCUCGCGUGACCCUGAAGUUUAUCCCAAUCCGGAGGACUUCAAGCCGGCGCGCUGGCUGAACGAACAUGGGCGUAUUCGAAAUGACCUGAAGUUCAUUAAUUUUGGCUUCGGACGCAGGGUGUGUGUAGGGCAACAUGUCGCCGAUCAAUCCCUCUUCAUCAACACUGCGCUGGUCUUGUGGGCUUUCAGAAUCUCCCAGGAUGCUCAAUGCCCAAUCGAUACCUAUGCCUUCACGGAUACGGCGAAUGUUCACCCUCUACCGUUCUCACUUCAUUUCGAGCCGAGAGUGAAGGAUAUGGAGGCAAUGCUGGGCGCGCAAGCGGAAUAA